GUUCCUGCGGGGCGAGUACACGGUGGAGGUGUCCAUCAACGACUACCUGGACAUCUACUGCCCGCACUACGAGGGGGUGGAGUCUGAGCCCAUGGAGCGCUAUGUCCUGUUCAUGGUCAACUACGACGGCUACACCACCUGCGACCACCGGCGCCGCGGCUUCAAACGCUGGGAGUGUAACCGCCCACAGAGCCCCAACGGACCAAUCAAGUUCUCUGAGAAGUUCCAGCUGUUCACGCCCUUCAGCCUGGGCUUCGAGUUCCGGCCCGGACACGAGUACUAUUACAUCUCGUCUCCUCAUCUGAACCAGGUUGGAAAACCCUGUCUGAAGCUGAAAGUCUACGUCAAACCAACCAACGACUCCGUCUACGAGUCUCCGGAGCCCUUCCUGACGGAUGACACCACCGGCGGCGGCAGCGUGGCUUUGCCCCGCCUCUUCUUGCUGUCCGUCAUGUUGCUGGUCCUCCUGCUUCUCCUCACCUCCUUGUAGCACCUCCUCCUCCUCACCGCGCCCCAAGGAUAAAACCACGCCCACCCGGGUCUGGGUCCCUACCCCCAACCUCUGGACUCCGCCCAGAUGCCGCUCAGCCAAUCAGAGGAGGUGGAGGUCGUGGGCGGAGCCUGGAGACGGCGCCCACUGAGCUGAGAUCAAAGCCGUUGCUAUGACGAUGUUUCGGACAGAAGAGCGUCUGACGGAACUGAGCGUCCAUAUUUGAGCAAAAAGAUCCAGGAAGGUUUUCCUCCUGGAUGUCCAAGGGUUCUGCUUCCAUGUUUUCCAGUCACAGAAAAGCCUUUAACCAGGUGAAUUCAAAAGACGUUUCAGUUUAUCGUAGAAAUGGGAAAUAAAAAGGCAUCAAAACCACUGAAAAAUCAGGGAAGAAUGUGGACUCAGUCUACGGAAAGGAUCCAAACAUACAGGUCUACUGCAGACUUUAGUCCGCUCCACUCCAGGCUUUAGUCGGGUCUGCUCCAGGCUUUAGUCUGAUCUAUUCCAGGCUUUAGAGUGGUCCUCUCCAAGCUUUAG